AUGGCCUCAAAGAAAAACGCUAAAGUGCACGUUAAAUCAAAAGAUGGUACCAAAACCCAGCAAGCCAGUAAGAAUGGGAAAAGGGCUGAUUCCGGGUCCAAUAGUACCAGCUUCUUCACUUGGUUCAUUGUGCUGGCCCUGCUGGGUGUAUGGACAUCUGUAGCUGUGGUCUACUUUGAGUUGGUGGACUAUCAAGGAGUUGUUGACAAGGCUAAAGGCUUUCAAAUUAACCUGUCAGAGACCCUGCAAGGUAAACUGGUGGCAUAUGAUACAGAUGGUGAUGGUGACUUUGAUGUGGAGGACGCAAAAAUUCUACUCGGCAAGUUUAUCUAUUACUGA